AUGGAGCUUUCCCUGGAAGCUUCUUUGGAACCUUACAUUUGCGCUUGCUUCAACGAUUCAAUUCGACUUGUUCGCUACUUAACAAGAGUCAGUAUUCUUGCUAUAUCUAUACUACGCAUUGACACCUCCACCAUGGGCUCCGUCGCUCCACCCAAAAACGAGGACCUCCCCCAAGCAGACUCGCCCUACCUCGAGCUCGUACCAGCUACCCCAGAGGAACAUCUAGAGACUCUACGACUAAACAGCAAAGCCUGGAAGGGACAAAUAACGCUAGACCAGUACAUUGAGCGUGAGACUCGACUCUCGAAGCAAAACCUCACCAAGGACGGAUCACUCACGUGCUGGAUACUCGUGGAUCGCAGGCAGGAACCAAACUCGCGAUUGAUCCUGAGUUCCUGCGAGACAUACCGUAAGCCCGCGUAUCUUGCAUAUAAAGGGAAAGUAGAAGAUAUCAUAUGCCAUGGAGUCGGAAGUGUGUUUGCACGCUCGGAGUUUCGAGGUCGUGGGUAUGCUGGACGCAUGAUGGAAGAAUUGGCCAAGAAGCUGGAUACUUGGCAAUCAGAAAAUCAGCCGCGGAAGCAAGGAAUAUUCUCUGUGCUCUUCUCCGACAUUGGCAAGAAUUAUUAUUCCAAGUAUGGGUGGAAGCCGUUCCCAUCCUCUCACAUCUCCCUGCCACCGCUGUCAGACAGCCAGUUUCAGACGUCUCUUGAAACGGCAAAGUUGCCCAAGGCAAAGAUGUUGGCUGCCGAAGAUGUUCGUGAGUCCAUGUGCAGCGAAAUAAACGAGAAGAAGAAUAGAAACUUUCUCAAGGUUGUCUCUGAGAAGUCUCCCAGCAGCGCCAAAAUAUCCAUUGCGCCGGAUUAUGAUCAUAUGGUGUGGCACUGGGCGCGUGAAGCGUUUUAUGAAGAUGUCGGCGUCUUUGAGAAAGCGGAUCCACCCGUGCGAGGCGCUGGUGUUGACCAUCACCACAUAUACUGCUCGUGGGUUCGAAGUGUAGGCGACUCCCCCACUAGUCACACUCUAUACAUCUUGCGAUUGAUAUAUGACGAGCCAUCGACGCCAGCUGAGGAACUGGCUACAAUCGAAGCGAUUGCAGCUGUCCUCCGUCAAGCGCAAUAUGCGGCGUAUAAGCUCAAGAUGAAAAGCGUCGAUUUCUGGAAUCCAUCCCCUUUGGUAGAGAAAGCGGCCAAGUUGAUGGAUCAGAAUGUCCAGGUGGUGCAUCGUGAGGACAGCAGUAUCAGCAGUUUGAAAUGGAAUGGUGCUAGUCAGGGACUUGGAGAUGAGGUGGAGUGGGUGUGGAAUGAGAAGUAUAGCUGGUGUUGA